AUGCCUUCAAAAUGGCAGCGUCUUCAGUUGUCCCAACAGGGAUUACCUCCUUUGCUCUUUCAGUAUACAUGGACUCGGCAAGGCUAUGAAAUCCACAUAACAGACCUCACCUAUAUCUGGUCAGAGCGGCUCUCCAAUAAAGCCAUCGCCAAGAGAGCAGAGGAAGAUGCCACAACCAUCGAUCCCGGAGAGGACCCAGAGCAGCUCAACGUUCUCCUGGAGAAAAUUGGAGAAGCUUUACAAAAGGGCAAUGGAAGCGUGAUCCUAAGCAGUGGAACGCAAACUGACUCCCUUGAAAUCAUGAUAACGACCAAGCUGCCCGCCCCGUUGAAGCCUCUUAAAUGGUCUUUAAGGUUAUCAAAAGAACCACUGUCGUCCUUGACUAUUAAUCUAUUACUUCCGCUGCUGAGAGAGGAAGCGGAGUGGGAGUCCCGCCAACGUUCGCUCUUGAACCAAAUCAGACAGAAAGACUACGUACUUGGCAAAUUGUUCGACAAAAUGGAAACAAUUGGCGUUGACCUAGGUUCUGUGUUUCCUAGCGCUGCAGGAUCGCGCAUGUCUCGCAAGGCUAUCACGCGGUCCGAGGCUGCCAAGUUUGUCAAGGGUAUUGCGCCGUUCGAGGAACAGGCCUGGCUUGCUGAGACAGGGGUAUCAGACGGGCCGGGAUUAGCCACCAAUUUACUCCAGGAAAUCUCGCAAUCUGGUGAUGCUCAUGAUUUAGAUACCUUGACCCAGUCAGGAGGUGAAUGGUGGCAUCAGCUUGCGAGGCGCUCUGAGACUAGCGCCAUAGACGCCUCUAUCGAAGAGGAAGUUCCCGACGAGGAAGAUAGAGGAGAGCCGAUCGAAACCAAGCAUAUCGACGAAGGAGGGGACUCAACGGCAAGCAGCGAUGUCGAUGAGUUUCAGCGACAAGAAACCCCUCCCAGAUUGAAAUCUCAACAUGGCAAAGGCAAAGUAUCACCACCCAAGCAACAACCCAGAAAGAAAAGUCCUCCGCCGGCGGUAUUGCCUUCAGAGGAAGACGAAGCCACAGCAUCAGACUCCGAGUACGAGUCUGAGCCAGCACCGCGCCAAAGACACAUUCCCAGCGUCUCAGGGUCGCCAGAGCCCGCCGCACCGCCGCCAAAGGCCCGAGAGCCGCCGAAAGCUCCAAAGGGUGGAUUGGGUAAAAUUGGCGGCAAGAGCAAGAAGGAAAUAGAGCGCCAACCCUCGCCAUCUCCCCCUCCACCGCAAGUUCAAGAAGCGCCGAAAGUAUCAAAGGGUGGGCUCGGUAAAAUAGGCGGCAAGAGCAAGAAAGAAACAGAGCGUCAGCCCUCACCAUCUCCCCCUCAGCCCCCUUCUCCUCCAGCACAAGUACGAGAGGCACCGAAAAGGCCAAAGGGCGGAUUGGGUGUGAUAGGCGGCAAGAAGAAGGCACCAAAAGAACCCUCGCCUUCGCCAGCCCCUUCCCCUCCAGCACAAACUCGUGACUCUCUAAAGUCCCAAGAACCUUCGGUGUCACCAGAAGAGACACCGGCACCAGCGGCAGUCAAAGCUAAACGUCCCGGAAAACUCGGCAUGAUAGGCGGCAAAACUAAAGCCAAAGCCUCCGAACCCGCUCGAGACGCGUCUCCACCACCUUCAUCUGACACGGUCAUAUCUCAUGAGAAAGCCGCACCUGCUAAACUGAAGGCUGACCGGCAAGUUCCUAUAAAGGAGUCUUCUCCAUUGCCCACACUAGCAGCGGAGAAGGGCCCUUCCGCUCCACCCACAGAGCCGGAAACUGAAGACCAGCGGGCUGACCGGAAGCGCAAGGAACUUAAGAGGUCGCUGGAGGCUAAGAGCAAAGCCCCUGCAAAGAAGAAGCGGAGGUUCUAG